AUGGAUCUGAUUACUCACGAGUUGGCUAAGUAUAAGCGUCUGAAUGAGGAAUACGCGCAGAAGUUGGACACAAUUGAGACGGAAGUGACUCUUUUGAACCAAUUGGUGACCAAAGAGCAGGACUUCAGCCAACAGUUGUAUGACUUCCUCGUGAGUAAUCACAACCACCUUAAAGCCAAUGGCAGCCAAUCAUUGCCACUGCAGUCGGCGCUCACCGCCAAUCAGAAGCUGUUCGCUGAUAUGACUCAUGUCAUCAGCAAUAAGGACGAAGUGAAGACAUUGAGGAAGGCUUUGGACGACUGGCGCCUCGAUAACCAUCGCUGGAUGGCUGUCAAUCAGACGAAGGCUAAGGCAAACGAUGUCCACGUAUUGGAUGACAUCGAAGAGACUGCCGAUGCGGGCGAAGAGGGAUCAGAUAAUACGGGAUUUAUGGUGACGGCAGACAUACCUGUGGUAGAGAUCAUUGAUAGCCCCCAGAAGGAGGCUUUCAAAGUGCCUGUUCCUGCCGUUCCGGUACAGCUGGAAGUCAUACCAAAGCCGGAGCCCAUGUCUGACGGCGAGGACGAGGAGACGGACACCGCAUCUGAACGCGAGAGUCCUGUGAAGAUGAGGUCAGCGACGGCUGCCUCGGAGAGCGCCGGCAAACCAUUUAUGUUUGUCUCGCAGUAUUUGUCGCAAAACAUGUCAUUCAGUCAUCUGUUGGGCACUAAUAGCCAGGGAGUGGUCGACAAGAAGCCGGCUGUCAGUGAUGACAAACAGCACUCGAUUGCCAUCGAUUUGAACAGCGAUUCCGAUGAGGCGCCCGACCCUCAGACCAGUGGUAAAAGUAUUUUUAAUGACGGCGUCAUUGAUCUGACACCUCCUCCAGACAGACAAUCGGCUUCUAAGGCUAAGAUAUGUACGAUGGUUAAGACGAAGAAGAAAGUGGUGAAGAAAAUAGUGAAGAAAUCAGUGAAACCAAGGCUCAGUAAUGGAAACCAAAUGAUCAAAAAGAUGGUUAAGACGAAGAAGAAAGUGGUGAAGAAAAUAGUGAAGAAAUCAGUGAAACCAAAGCUCAGUAAUGGAAACCAAAGUAAGACAAAAUCAGAUCCAGCGCUUAAGACAACUUUGGUUCCGACCACAAACCCAUAUCAGUGCCAACUGUGCGCUCAUGGAUUCAAAGAUAAACGUCACUUAUCUAAUCACAUGAUGUCCCACAAUGUCGUCCAAAUUAGGCUCUCAGCGAAAAGCUCUCAAAAGUCGGACUCUAAGAGUGGGUACAGAGUGAGGGGAUCGGGAGAUAUAAUUUGUCCGGAAUGUGAGACUCGAUUUCAAGGGUAUGGACUGUUGAUGAAACAUAUUAAGCGGAUCCAUGGGUUGGCAAAGCAUGAGAGGUAUAGGCGACAGUAUCUCAAACAGAAGGCCUUUUUGGACAAUAAUCCCAACGCGUCUAUCAUUAAGACCCCAAUUAAGACUCCUAUUAAGACGGCAGCAGUUGGUGCUGCCAUUGAGACACUAGCAGUAGAUACUGUCAUCAGGAGUAAGAGGUGUCCCGAUUGCGAGAAAUCCUAUAUAACUGAUAAAGUACUGAUGGAACACAUCCGCAAAAUUCAUGGCUUAGAAAAGGUUCGCGAGUAUAGACAGACACUCAAUAGCAGUGUUUCGUCCAAUGAUAGCAAAACAGUUACCGAAAGCCAAGUGAACACCAAUUCAAAGCUGAAUCAAAUCGCUAAGAAAUUAUUGUCACCUAAACGGACAAAUAAAACACAGAAAGCGGUUCCGAAGCCACAGAAAUUGGGUCCAAAAUCACAGAAAUUACUGCCAAAAUCAUUGAAAGGCAUUAUUACUCCUAAAGCACUGAAAGUGAUUGAAACGCCUAAUGUAUCAAAUGAAAGCACACUAUCGCCAGAUAAGGUGUGGAAUUGUGAUUAUAAUAGUUGUCUCCGAAGUUAUAACUCAAAGAGUAAUCUCAAGAGACAUCAGAUGGAGAUCCAUAAGCGACUGUCCAAAGCGUUGUUCUAUAAGACAUCGAGACACGAGACGAAUAUCAAGUAUUUUAUACCAAAAUCUGCCACAAAUGAGACAAUGAUAGCACAUACGGCUAAUACUAGUGCUAUUAAUCUGAAUGCGAGUAACAGUAAACAGAAAAGCCCUCCACUUCCGGGCGAUAAGACGUUUGUCUGUAAUAUCAAGAACUGUUGCAACAGUUAUCAGACAAUCUCAGGCCUCUAUAAACACAAGAAACUGAAACACAAGUCGAAAAUCCCUUUCAGCUCAAUGGCUGCAACUAUGCGUAAAAAGCAAUCAGCGAUAGGACUGUCAAACAUGAGUCCCAGGAUUAAGGCGGCCGUUAGAGUGAAAACGGAUUCAGAAGUGAAUAAGUCAGCCGAAGAGCUGGAAGAGGACGUGGAGUAUGAGUGCACUUAUCCUAACUGUCAAUUCCAGGCAACCGGUCGUAAAGCGGUUGUCCAGCACUUUACGACACACUUUCCCGGCGUUGAUAAGCCCUUCAAAUGUGUGAUAACUGAUUGCAGUUUCGCGGGUAAAGCGCUGUUCAAUUUGAAAAACCAUGUGCUCAGUCACCACUCGGAACAGCAGUUUAUUAAGGCUAUGGACGCCACUGAUUACGGUACACUCGUUACG